GACGGGCUCUUUACUAGUGUGUUCCGCUGCUAUAGGCUACGCAUGAAUGGCAUUCGCUAUUGGUGGCUGUGCGUACAUGUAGAGGAGCGCUAGCGCGGGAUAAGGGUUGGCGCCUGAGGUUCAUAUUUUCAACUUUUUACGGAAUGAAAUAUCAGUCAACCCGGCUGUAAAUUUCACUCGGACAUGAUGGAUUUAUGACAAACAGCAUGCCUUUUCUGAUGGAGUUGGAUUGACGAUUGACUAAUUUGAGCGUCCAUGCGUGUUAUAUUUGUAGAUAUGUGUUUUAUCCCUUAUUCUAGAGCUGAUGUUGUAGGACAAGUUUCGGACACCAAAAUGUGUUUAUUUUUUAUUUUCAUAUUUUCAACUUUAGAAAUAUGUCAGUCGCUGGCCCCUCGGAACGUUUAUACAAAUCACUGGGCAGUGCGUAUUGCAGGGGGACAAGAAGAAGCGGAUAAACUUGCUGCUAAAUAUGGUUAUAAUAAUUAUGGACAGAUCGGGAGUCUGGAGGACCAUUACCAUUUCCACCACAGCAGAGUGGUGCGCAGAGCAGCUUUCUCCACUAGGGGCGCUCACUCCUUCAUCCAGAUGGACCCGAAGGUUGACUGGGUUCAACAGCAGCUAGUGAAGCAGAGAGUAAAGAGAUACAUCAAAAGCGACACCCGAAGCCCUGACCCCAACUUCAUCCACUUCAACGACCCCAAAUGGUCCAACAUGUGGUAUAUUCACUGUACGGACAAGAACAAUCGCUGUCGGUCAGAGAUGAACAUUCUGGCAGCAUGGCAGAGAGGCUACACAGGCAAGAACGUGGUGGUCACCAUCCUGGAUGACGGCAUCGAGAGGAACCACCCUGACCUGGCACAGAACUAUGACCAGCUGGCGAGUUAUGAUGUCAACGGGAACGACCAUGAUCCAACUCCUCGUUAUGAUUCUAGCAACGAGAACAAACAUGGGACGCGGUGUGCCGGUGAGGUUGCAGCUGUGGCCAAUAACUCCCACUGCAUUGUGGGAAUUGCAUACAACGCACACAUUGGAGGUAUUCGUAUGCUGGAUGGUGAUGUGACAGAUGUAGUAGAGGCUAAGUCCCUUGGUAUCAGACCUGACUACAUAGACAUCUACAGCGCCAGCUGGGGACCUGACGACGAUGGAAAGACUGUGGACGGACCAGGGCCUCUGGCCAAACAGGCCUUCGAGAUGGGCAUCAAAAAGGGCCGGAAGGGUCUGGGAUCCAUCUUUGUUUGGGCGUCGGGGAACGGCGGUCGCCAGGGCGACCACUGUUCAUGUGACGGCUACACCAAUAGCAUCUACACCAUCUCCAUCUCCAGCACCACAGAGAACGGCAACAAGCCCUGGUACCUGGAGGUCUGCUCCUCCACACUGGCCACCACCUACAGCAGCGGGGAGUUCUAUGACAGGAAGAUAAUGACCACAGACCUGCGGCAGCGCUGUACUGAUGGCCACACUGGCACCUCUGUGUCGGCUCCCAUGGUGGCUGGGGUCAUCGCUCUCGCUCUGGAGGCCAACCCAUUGGUCAGCUGGAGAGAUAUCCAGCACCUGCUGGUCAAGACGUCCAGGCCUGUCCACCUGAAGGCCAACGACUGGAAGACCAACGCAGCCGGACACAGAGUGAGUCACCUGUAUGGCUUUGGGCUGGUGGAUGCGGAGGGUAUGGUGGUGGAGGCUAAGAAGUGGAGGAGUGUUCCUACCCAGCACACCUGUACUAGGAUGUCUGAACGACGUACCAGGUACAUCCGUGCAGACCAGAGCCUGAACAGCACCAUCACUAGCACAGGGUGUACGGAGCAGGCAGAGCAGCAUGUGAGCUACGUAGAACAUGUGGUGGUCAAGGUACUGAUUGUCCAUCCACGGCGAGGAGAUCUGGAGAUCAGCCUCAUAUCACCCUCAGGAACACGCUCACAGCUACUGGCCAAGAGGUUGUUUGAUAACUCUAAUGAAGGUUUUAGGAACUGGGAGUUCAUGACUGUUCACUGCUGGGGGGAGAGGACAGAGGGCCAGUGGAUCCUGGAGAUCAUAGACUCUCCCUCAUCGCUACGCAACCCAGAGGUGCUGGGUAAACUGAAAGAGUGGACGCUGGUCCUUUAUGGCACCUCGGGGCACCCGUACCAGUCUCACGGGACCCAGCACUCUCGCUCCAGGAUGCUUGAGAUCCCAACCCCCAGCUGGGACCCCGACGGGCCCGAACCGCCCCCGGUGGUCCUCAAGCACCAGGAGGAGGAAGAGGAGGAGUACAGCGGGCCGUGCCACAGUGAGUGUGGGGACCAGGGCUGUGACGGGACAGAUCCUGAACACUGUCUGAACUGUAUCCACUACAGCCUGGGCAGCCUCAAGACAGGCAGGACGUGUGUGAGCCACUGUCCGCUGGGCUUCUACGAUAACUUGGAGGCCAGGAGGUGUCGACGCUGUUACAAGGGCUGUGAGAGGUGUGUGGGACGCACCCCCACCGAGUGUCGCUCCUGUCGCAGGGGGCUCUACUUCAACCCCCUCAACACUACCUGCUCUGAGACCUGCCCUGCUGGGUACUUCGCUGACGACAUUCAGAGGAAGUGUCUGAGGUGUCAUGAGAACUGUAUGAAGUGUCUGCGGGACUCAGACAGGUGUACUGCCUGUAACGACGGCUACAGUCUGGCGGGGAUGACCUGUGUUCCGGAGUGUGCCAACGGAACCUUCUUUCAUCUGGAGGAGAUGAAGUGUAGUCCCUGUCACACCUCCUGCUCUACCUGCACAGGUCAGUGUCCCUGUCACACCUCCUGCUCUACCUGCACAGGUCAGUGUCCCUGUCACACCUCCUGCUCUACCUGCACAGGUCAGUGUCCCUGUCACACCUUCUGCUCUACCUGCACAGGUCAGUGUCCCUGUCACACCUCCUGCUCUACAUGCACAGGUCAGUGUCCCUGUCACACCUCCUGUUCUACCUGCACAGGUCAGUGUCCCUGUCACACCUCCUGCUCUACCUGCACAGGUCAGUGUCCCUGUCACACCUCCUGCUCUACCUGCACAGGUCCAGGUAAGGAGGAGUGUAUCCAGUGUGCCAGAGAUCACCUGCAGCAAGAGUGGAGGUGUGUUCAGACCUGUGCCCCAGGAUACUACUCAACAGAGGAUGCUGGCUACCACCAGGGGAUGUGUCACAAGUGUGAGGAGAAUUGCCUGAGUUGCGACGGCCCCGGGACGACCUGCGUCAAGUGCAAAGACAGCUACAACCUCGUCAGCAGGACGUGCAUCGUGAACGCCACCUGUAACAAUGCCGACGAGGUGUUUUGUGAGAUGGUAAAGUCCAACCGGCUGUGUGAGAAGAAGCUGUUCCGUCAGUUCUGCUGCAGAACCUGUCUGAUGACCGGUUGAGAAUCCUAGUAGAGAACCUGAAGAGUGGAACCUGGAGAGGAACCCUGCGUGGAACCCACCACUUCCUCAUCCGCUGUACAUUUACAAACUAGCUAAUGUCUGUGUCUGAAUGAAAAGAAAGAAUGAAUAGGCCUUCACCAGGGUUGGGGGUCAAUUCCAUUUCCCUCAAUGCGUUCCUGAAUCCACUGAAUUGAAAUGGAAUUGAUCCCAACCCUGGAACACACACUAUUCCUCCCAUCAAUUUUACCCCGCAAAGGGUAGACUUGAUUUUCAUACGAUAUAUACAGUAUUUUAAAGUUGUCUUUUUUUAUUAAAAGAACUACAUACAGUAUGUAACAUGUAUAUUUUUUAUUGUAAUGCUGCAUUGUUGUAAAGUACAGUACUUUUUACGACUACACAUGUUAGUCGAUAACUCUCUGAUUGAACCACUGUUUUUUGGAAGUGAAUUGGUCACCUGAAUAGUAUGAGCUGGUUGAUAAAGAAACAGCAUCACUCAAAAUGGGGAUCGUAUUUAUAAGGCACCAAAUGGAAUAAAACAAACUGAAACAUGAAGGGACUACUUGGAACUUUUCUGUUUUCUGUCGUGUGCCCUACCGAAUACGACCCAGAUCAACUUUUUCAUACUUAAGAUACAAACUUCCUCACAAAAAAAUGGUUUAUACUGUAUAAGGCUUUUAGGUUUUUUUUAUAAAGAAAUGUGUAAAACAAUGAAUUACUGUAAUUGUAUUUACAUUUUAGCAGACACUUCAGAGUGACUUACAGUAGUGAGUGCAUACAUUUUCAUACUUUUUUUUCGUACUGGUCCCUGUGGGAAUCACACCCACAGAGCAUGGCGUUGCAAGCUUCAUGCUCUACCAACUGAGCUACACGGGACUAUUACUGAAUACUGUACAAUUCCUGUAUACUGUACCAUUUCAAAUGCUGUUGUACAUUUUAGAAUGUGUAUUUGAUGUUUUUAUCGUUUGAUUUAUGUAUGAAAUAAAAGACGUACAUUGUGUAUGA